AUGAAUAUGAAUAACAGUCUUAACAACACUCUUGAUUUCGUAAAAAUAGAUGUAAAACCAAAUCCCAUAAUGAAUCGAAAAACAGAAAUCUUCUCCACAGAACUUCAGACUGCUUCUUUUUCUUCAAAACUCCCUUACUUCUUCCAUUCCAAAGAACCCAAAGUAAUGCUUUCACUGCACACCUCCAUAAAAUUCUACCUUCUUUGUCUUCCCAAAACCUCCAAAAUACAUGCUAACGAUACGAAUCUGGAAUCUCUACCUAAUAUUUUGGCAAGGCAUUAUGCAGUGCUGCGUAAUCUAGAUAAGAGUUUACAAGAUAUUCAGAGGCAAAAUGAACAGCGCUGUGAACAAGAAAUAGAGGACAUUAAGCGUGAAAUUAAGUCUGGAAAUAUUACACCUGAUACGUCCCUUAUUAGAUUCUCGGAUGAGGCUCUUGAUGAGCAAAAGCACAGCAUUGGCAUUGCAGAUGAAAAGGUUAUGUUGGCUGUUCGGGCAUAUGAUUUGGUGGAUACACACAUACAACAACUUGAUCAAUAUUUAAAAACUUUUGAGGAAGAGCUGCGUGAAAGAGAUACUGUUGCUGCAAGCGCAUUGCCUGCUCCAAGUGCCGAUACGGGUGCAAAACCUGGAAGGAGUAGUGAAGGUGGUAGAGGAGGGCGUAAGAAAACAAGACUGGCAACAGCAACAGCGGCAACAGCAACUGCAGCUGUCAAUCCUACUGCUAUGGAUUUAGAUAUACCAGUGGAUCCAAAUGAACCCACGUACUGUUUAUGUAACCAAGUUAGCUAUGGAGAGAUGGUUGCGUGUGAGAACCCCAAUUGCAAGGUAGAAUGGUUCCAUUUUGGGUGUGUUGGUCUGAAAGACAAACCAAAAGGGAAGUGGUACUGUCCAGAUUGCGCGGCAUUGAAAAAUCGCCGCAAGGGCAGAUGA